AUGAAAGCCAACUUUGAACAAUUUAUUGCUACUCUCAACGUAUCAUCUUUAUCGGUUGAUGUUCUUCGUCAAAUAACAUUUAUUCUUAAAGAACAAACAGAUGAUUCAUUACCAUUAUUUAUAUCUCAAGUAUUUGAAUCAUUACUUAUUCUCGAACGAUGGGCAUGGCAAAAACUAAGUCAAGAAUCAUUUCAAUGUGUUAAUCAAACAGAAUAUGAAGAAUUGUUACAUAUUUUAGUAUUAUUUAAUAAACAAAUAAUUUUUAUUGAUAAUAAUAUUGAAGAUAAUAUUAAAUUUUCUCUUCUUAUUCCUGAAACAAUCGAUCAAAUCAAUCUUAUAUUCGAACAAGUGAAACAAUGUACUAAUGAUCAUAAUUCAUUUAUCACUCUUGUCAGUCUUUGGUUUGAUAAUCUUUCAUUUCUUGUUCAAGAAUAUCCACAAUUAGGUCAUUCUCCUAUCAUUAUUUAUAUUAAUCAAUAUUUUGAGGAAAACUUUGUAUUGAGUAAAUUAUUUAAAUCAUAUUUAAUUCAACUUCAUCAAUCAGAAUUAUCACCAUCAAUAUUUACUUCUAAACAGCUUUUCUAUAUAAAAACAUGUUCAUUUUCUUUGACAACUUAUUUUUAUACCAAACCUCAAAAUUUUUCUUUUAUUACUAAUGAAAUUCUUCAACAACAUAGUAAUAUUUACUUACAAAUAAUACAAAUUCAUAGUUAUACUAUUCAAUUUUGGAGUAAAGAAUUAUUAACUUGUAUUAGACAUCUUACUGGAUUGAUAUGUGCAUGUUAUUCUUUAAAUAAAAUAGAAGACGAAAUAAACAAAAUACUUUUUCCCAAUGAAAAUAUAUUAAUUGAAUAUGUCAAAGCAUUAAUUCGUAUUAUUUCAUAUGUAUCAUUUUGUAAAGAAAUCAAAACUAUACGAUUAGAUGAUGAAGCAAUGUUACUUGAUAUUAUUUUAUUCUUUUUAAUGAAUAUAGUACAAACACAAAAUAUAAAUUGGUACUUUCGAUCAAUGACACAACUACCAGAUAUAUUAUUAUUAUUAAGAACUAUGAAUAAAUCAAUACCUUAUCAAUAUUUAUUUUAUGUAUACAGCAUAUUAGGUGAACUUCUUACUGAUGAAAAAUUGAAAGAAUUGCAAUUUAAUGAUAAUAUGAGUGAUUCUUACUUUUAUAUGUUGGAACAAGCUUGGCAACAACCAUCAAAAACCUAUAAACAUAUAUCAAUUUCAUUAUUAUUACGAGGUAUAUGUAUGCCACAAAUAGAAUUUUCUUCAAUGACUUGGAUCAUAUUUUACUUUUGA